GAUCACUAAUUUGUCAGUGGGACUGAAAACACCGCAGAUUUCCUUUAAACAGCUUUUGUUUGUUUAUCUACGAAUUUUUUUAUUUAAAAAAAUGAAAAGUCGUUCUGUUCACAGCAGACGAAUGAAAACUAAAUGCUGAAAGAAGGGUGAGACUUUGGCGGAUUUUGACAGAAUGGCGAGCUGUGGAGAGGUCGAUCACUCCAUGGACGCGCUGGCCUCGGGUAAGAAAGUGGGUGGGGUAAGAGAUGGCAAUGGAAGCCCCUCCCCCUCCCCUCCCCCUUCUCUUCCUGUACCGGAGUGUGCUAUAUGCCUGCAGAGUUGCGUCCACCCAGUGCGCCUCCCCUGCGGCCAUGUCUUCUGCUUCCUGUGUGUGAAGGGUGCAUCCUGGCACAGCAAACGCUGCGCGCUCUGUAGACAGGAAGUGCCCGAGGACUUCCUGGACCGUCCCACGCUGCUUUCUCCAGAGGAGUUGAAGGCCACAGCGACAGGGGGGCGGAGCUUAGGCGGCCACGCCUGGUACUACGAAGGACGCAAUGGUUGGUGGCAGUAUGACGAGCGCACUAGCCGCGAGCUGGAGGAGGCUUACCGCGAAGGGAAGAAGAGCGCCGAGAUGCUAAUCGCCGGCUUCCUGUACGUGGCCGACCUGGAGAACAUGGUGCAAUACAGACGCAACGAGCACGGCCGGCGCAGGAGGAUGAAGCGUGAUGCUGUGGACGUUCCUAAAAAGGGCGUGGCUGGACUAAGGCUGGAUCCAGAACCCGCAACAGGAUCUGGAUCUAAUUCCGUUCCUGGAUCUGGAUCAGUUUCUCCGGCAUUUCCUGUACCCACAGAUUCAGCUGUAACUUCAGAUGGAGGAGUAACGGAGAGCGAUGUCAGAGACAGAGACAUCCGGACAGGGAGACAGUUGAGAGAGAGACAGAGAGACAGAGUUUCUCCAGGUUUCGCUGAUCCUACAGCUGUCAAUUUGGCACUGAAUUCAGAAGCCACGUCAUCAGAGAGGGAGAACUCGGCAGAUGGAGCUGAUAUAAGUGGAGCGAUUCGCUCUCAAGCUGCGUUUGCCCCACCCCCGAUCCGUCCUCCCAUCAUGCUGGGCGGCGAUCGUGACCUUCAUGAUGAUCCUCAACUCGUCCAGGCAUUCGCGCAGCUCCAUAUCAACCGAUCCGCACCUGAAGAGGAGGAGGAGCAGGAAGUGGACGACGAUGAAAACGAAGACGAUUCGGCUGUUGCACCCGAUCCAUCUGGUUACGAAUCAGAAUCAGGAACGAGUGAAGAUGAGGAAGGAGAAGAUGAUGAGGAAGGCAUGAGGCACAGACUGCAGAGGAUGGACGGUGGAGUUCGGUCCCGCAGUCCUGACGGCCAGUGCACGGUGACAGAGGUGUAGCUGUUGGAGUUAAAAUCGCUAAAUCUGUACAUGUGGACGUUUCAGACUUGAGAAGCAGGACGUGCACUUCUGUCUUAAACAUUGUGUUCUUUACAAACCUUUGGCUGUAUCCCAAACUCUAGCAUGUGAACACAUCUGGUUAAUUUUGGUAUAUAAGGUAUUACAAAGAUGAAAAGAAACUAAGGAAUUGAAAAUUCAAGCCAGCAAGCUAAUUAGAAAUCAUCCGCCUGCCUAUAGAGUACACACGGAAGCAUAGCGCUAAAACUAUGACUUCUAGCUACAGCUCUUAUACGUUUAAUUACUCGCUGCAGUUUCUCAGUGUUAACUGCUUCUAGUGCAUCAUGGGUAAUGCGUUUGCAGAGCCACCGAGAACAACACGCAAAGCAUCACGUAACCACUAUGAUGAAAUAAAAACUGUGUUCUAGCUUCUCUAAAAAAAAUAAUAAUCAGCCAACACUCCUGUGAGAAAACUAAUUAUGUCUAGAGUUUGGGACAGAGCUUUUGUGUGUUACUCUGAUUUUUACUGACGUGCAUCAUAUUGACUCCUAGAUCUUUUUUGCAUAUCUAUAUACAAGGUUAUAUAGAUAUGAUGUAUAAAUAUCUGUAGAUAUUAAGCGGAGACGUAAAGUUUGAAUCCGUUGUUGCAUUCUCGAUGAGGUGCGACACUGCUGAAUCUGUGAACAAGCAAAAAAGAUAAUUUUGUAAUUUAACAUUCAACCAGAGCAGGGGAAGACGAGGAUGGAGGGGUGUGUGUGUGUGUGUGUGUGAGUGAGAUGCAUUGUAUGAAUGUCAUUUGUUUGUUCUUCCUCCCUUCAUCCUGUCUUUCUUUAGCAAUUUUAUGAGUAAUGCAGACUGGACCUUUCUUUCUUCCCCUCUCUCUCUCUCUCUCUGCUUACAGAGCUGAGCGCCAACAAACUGUCCUUUGCCUGCCUGUCUGUCUCCUUGAGCUAUCCUCUGCCUCUUUUUGUAGAUAUCUAAUCUAUCUAUCUUUUCUGUCAAUCUGUCUUUGUCUCAGUCUCGUUUUUUUUUUUUUUUUUCUCUCUCUCGCUGUGGGUGGGGGGGCGUAUCUCUCACUGUCUCAAUUUUCUAGCUAUGUCCAGAUCUCUCUCUCUCUCUGCUACUUUCCUUCUGUCUGUAAACAAAUAACUAGGUCAUGUGGCUGAAAUCAGUCUUACUCACACCAUCUUUCUCGAACAGGGCUGAACUCAGUGUUGAAUUACAACGCCAGAUAGUGACUGUGUGUGUGUGUGUGUGUGUGUGUAUGCACGUUGUCUCAUAGCUCACUCAAGUUUUUCUUAACAUAUAUUAAUGUGAUGCGUUUUGAAGGAAAUACCCGUGCCCCAGGCUGAGACGCUUUGAACUCUGGGAGUUUGAGUUUUAUUUGAGGAUUUUAUUGUAGUUAUAGUAGUUCUUCAACGUCCGGUUCUGAGAUUUUAAUUAUUGUUCUGUUUCCCCAGUCCUGAUUCUCAUGUCCAGUUGCUUGGGAUUUUUUUUUCCAUCAUCAAACAAAAAGAAAUAAUAGCUAUGAUAACUACUUUUGCUGUACUUUGUUUUAAUGGUGGUGUUUUCUCUUUUGUUACUAAGUUGAUUUGAAUUAAUAAAGUGUUGUCUAUUA